AUGGGGUUUGGGGAGAAUCUGCAUACUCCCGGCAACCAGUCGGAAAAGCAACAACAAGUCCACCGAAUUGCUUUUACAGAUAACGGCAUCCGUUCCGGUGCCGGGCGGCCGCGGGAGCCCGCUGUCGGAGAAAAUGAGCCCUCACCCGGAGCCGCCGUCCAACAGGGGCUCCCGCGGUCGCACGCCCUGCACUCCAUGGCACGGGGCCGCCGUGCGAGAACAACACAAUGGAUGCGCGGUCCGCCUAGCGCGAGAGACUGCGCCGGCGACGGACGAAGCUCGCACGGGAGAAGGAACCGCGUAGAACAACCAACGAACCCACCGCGAGGGAGCACGGCAGAGCGAUUAAAGCCGACCGAUCAAGCGCCUGCGGCUCGCAUUGUGUCAAGACUCGAGCACCACCUCCAGGAUCGCCCUCGAGUUGUGAAACGCAACCCAGAACAAGCUGAAGGACUCACCAAGAGGCUGCAUAGCUCACAGGACACGGAACACGGAACGGAGAAGUACGAACAAGGGACACGGAACACGGAACAGAGAAGUACGACCAAGGGAAAAGGAACACGGAACGGAGAAGUACGAACAAGAGACACGGAACAGAGAAGUACGAACAAGGGAAAAGGAACACGGAAAAGAGAAGUACGAACAAGAAACACGGAACACGGAACGGAGAAGUACGAACAAGGGACACGGAACAGAGAAGUACGAAUAAGGGAAAAGGAACACGGAAUUCAGAAUUCAGAACAUAGAACGCGGAAUACGGAACAAAGGAGUCGGAAAGCGGAACACGGACCUCGGAACGCGCAAGUCGGAACACGGAAUUCGGAUCGGAAAUGUCAGAACACGAAACGCAAUUCCCGGUACACGUGA